AGAGGAUAAGAGAGAGAAAGAGAGAGAGAGAGAGAGAGAGAGAAGAGCUGGAUUAAAGGGAAACAAGUCUACUUGUCAAUGCAGGAAAGGGCAGACUUAUAGCCCCCAACACCAGCCAUGGAACAGCAAAGCUCUCACUGCAAGAUUGUUGUGGUUGGUGAUUCCCAGUGUGGGAAAACAGCUUUGCUGCACGUUUUUGCGAAGGAUUGUUACCCAGAGAGUUAUGUAUCCACCGUCUUCGAGAACUACACGGCCAGUUUCGAGAUCGAGAAACAGAGGAUCGAGCUGAACAUGUGGGACACAUCAGGCUCUGCAUACUAUGACAAUGUUCGGCCUCUGGCCUAUCCCGAUGCUGACGCUGUCCUGAUCUGCUUUGACAUCAGUCGACCGGAGACCCUGGACAGUGUGUUGAAGAAGUGGCAGUGCGAGACGCAGGAGUUUUGCCCGAACGCAAAGGUGCUGGUUGUCGGAUGUAAGAUCGACAUGAGGACGGAUCUGAACACACUGAGAGAGCUGUCCAAACAAAGACUCAUCCCGGUCACACACGAGCAGGGGAGCACGCUGGCGAGGCAGAUAGGGGCCGUGGCCUAUGUUGAGUGUUCCUCCAAGGUGUCGGAGAACAGUGUGCGCGACGUCUUUCACAUGACCACCCUGGCCACCGUCAACAAGACCCCCAAGAACCUGAAACGGAGCAACUCCAAGCGGGGACUGAAGAGGGUCUCCCAGGGGCCCGGACGGACGGACUUACUGGAAGAAUCCGAGAUCAGGAAAGACCGAGCCAAAAGCUGCUCAAUAAUGUGAGGGCGGGAGGUGGAGCGAGAGCGAGAGAGAGAGCGAGAGAGAGAGAGAGAGAGAGAGAAGGAGAAACAAACUAUUUGUAUUUAUUGUGAAUUUUGUACAGUGAUCGGGGACGGAACAGGAUCGGUUGUUGCUUGGAUCAGAAGGCCCACGAUUCUCUUCAGACCAGGCCUCAAAAUGGUUGCCUGGCAGCUAGGGCGGAUGUUGAUUGCGGUGUUUGGAUUACGCUGGAUUCCUGAGGGGGUGGGGUGGGUUGGGCUGGGGGUGAGGGUGCAGAGGGAGGAGAGAGAGAGAGAGAGAGAGAGAGAAAAAGAAGAAGAAGAGAGGAAGCAGUGAGAUGCAGGGUGAACCAGGUCUUUCGGGUGUUUGUGACGUUGUGUUGGGUGUGGGGGGAGUCUACGUGGGCAGUACAGUGAGAGCGGGAGAUGCUUUGUGUUUGCUGAGUAAAAAGGUGUGACUGCAA